UAACCGGUGUGUCGGCCGAGGGAUCGUGGCUGAAAGCGGCCCAGUGUUCGAUGCGAUCAAGCGUGGUUCGCAUGGUUUUCUCGUUGCGCGAGCAGGAGCGGCAACGGAAAGCGGUAGUGCAACGUCGUAAGUCAUAACGGCGCGGCUCUUAGUCGCGCGCGCGCAUGUUUUGCAUACGAAUGCACAGCAAAUUUAGUAGAUAUUGUUGUUUCGAAAGUAUAUCGGCAGGCGAAAGCACGUGAUACGAGAUGUCCUUCUCCAAGGCGAAAAUACAACGGUUUAACGAACUUGGAAAUGAUGCACCUCCGCCUGGCGCAUAUGAUCCAAAAUUCGACAGUAAAGUGAAAGGAGCUAUUAUUGAGAAGUCCGAUAGAUUUUUAGAUAAUAAAAGUAUAUCCAGCGCGGAUUGUAGUACAUCGACUGUAUCAGGAAAGAGUAAUGCAACGAAUUCGCUUUUUCGAGUGCCUCAACUACCUACGAAGCGGUUAGUCACGAAAUUAACGGGACUAUCUCGUACCAAAUUAAACAAUUCAAAAUCCGUAAUUAAAAAUUCUAACAUGAAAUAUGCAUCCAAUCAGCAACUUGCUGACCUUCAAGUAGAAUGUUUGAACAAGGAUAAAACUAUACACGAACAUGAAAGGCACAUCGAAGAAAUGAAAGAGGAUAUACGGAAAUUAGAAACCGAAUUGGAAGAGCUGCGCAAGAAACAAGAUGAAAUAGAAACGCAACAUGUAAAAGAUAUAGAAGCAAUGACCAAAUUACACGAGGACAUAAUAAAUGGUUAUGAUGAUAAACAUCAAACAGAAAUGCAGAGACUUCAUUUUCAAUUAUUAGAAAUAUCCGAAGAAAUGAAAGGAGAGAACGUCCCAGAACAAAAGAACGUAGAAAUAGAACUUGAAAGUGUUACUGAUGAAUUAUCAAAAGGAGUAAAAAAAAUGGAACUUGAAAUGUUUGCCAAGAAAGAAGAGAGCAAAAUAAAGGUUGAAACUUUAGAAAGGCACAUUGCAGAAUUAGUAAAUGCAUUGAAAAUAGUGAAACACAAACUUUAUAUUCAAAUAGAAUUGUUACAAAAGAAAAAUCAACUCGAUGUUUGUGUUGCAAAUUUAACACAAGAACGAUCUCAUCUUGAGUCUAAACUGGAAACGAGACAGAAUGUUAUUUUGGAACUUCAAGCUCAAUUAUCUGCUUUGCAAUAUGAAUUAGAUGAACUCAGAGCGGAAUAUCAAAAGAUUACUAAUAAUUACAUGAAACAAAUCUCUGAUCUCACUGAUAAACACAAGAAAGAAAUCGAACAUUUAAAAAAUGAUUUUGUGAAAGAAAAAGAAGAACUCUUAAUGCAAAAUGAAAUUUAUAAAACACAUGAAUCAAACAUGAAAACAAUGGUAAAUAAAUUGGAAGAAACAAACUGUUCUCUUGUGACAGAUUUGAAGAAUCUUGAAAAACGUCAUAAAGAUGUAACCCAACAUUUACAAGAAGUUCAAAACGAAUUGAAACUUUCAAAUGAGAAGCAUGUCAGUAUAAUAGAAAAAUAUAAAAAAGAUAUGAAUGAUAUGAAGAAAGCGCAAGCUGAAAAAACAUUAAAACAAGAGAGAAUACUACGGGAUGCAGCAGAUGAAUAUUUAAAAGAACUGGAUACUCUGAAUAUGAUGAAAGAUAGACAAAUAAAAGAAGUAAAAGAAGUUUCUGCUAAAAAAAUUGAAGAAGAAACUGUGAGGAUAAUGAAGCAAGCUCAGGAAAUGAUUGAAAAAGCGGAGGCUGAUAAUCGAGAUAUGUUAAUAGCGUGUCGCAAUGAGAGUAAGGAACAAGUGAAAAAAAUGAUUGUUGAAUGCGAUGCGAAAGUAAGCAGAUCACAUGUCAAUACUAUGUUUGAAGAAACUCGAAGUACCGUAGAAGAAGAGAUGCGACUUGCUAACGAAAGAUAUAAAAUAUGUUUGGCUCAUAUGGAAACCGAGCGUAUCGCAUUAGACGAGAAACUUCUGCAGAAAGAUGCUGAAAUCACCAAGCUCUCCAUGAUACUCGAAGAGCUAAGAUCAUCCGUGGAAACGCAGGCCAGUUUCAGUCAAAGUUUACAAGCUGAGUUAGAUAAAGCAGAAAGCGAAUUGGCAGAAAAGAGACAAGAAUUGAGAACUUUAAAAGAUUACAUUAGAACAGAAACGGCUGAAAUGGUUGCUAAAAAGAAAAGAUUCGAGGUAAUUAUGACUGAAAAUCAAGCAUCUGUUGCUGCGCUUACUGAUCGAUUGGCUCAAAGUAAUGCUGAAGUGGAAAGAUUACAGGACGAAAUGAAACGUAGUGAAAAUAACAUACACGAACAUAAAGAAUUGCUUAACACGAUGCGUAACAAUUCGCAAAUAGUGCACAAACAAGUUGAGACUUUCAUGCAAAAUCUAGAUUCCCAUAGAGAACUAAUCGAACAACAUCAACUUGACAAUUUAUCUCAAUUAGAUUCGAUGAAAAUUAUUCUUGAGAAAAAAAUAGAGUUUAUAAAGAAAACAGCUGCAGAUGAAAUUGCAAGACUUGCAAAUGACGCUAAGUGGCAAUCUGUAUUAAACAAUGAGUUGAAGUCACAAGUUGAACAAAUGUCUACAAAAAUUAUUGAAGCGCAAAAUGCAUUACUCAAAUUAGAAGAACAAAAUGAUGCUAAAGAUAUUGAUAUUUCACGAUUAGAGUUAGUAAAUAAAAAACUUUUGGAGCAAUUAAAAAGCCGUGAUGAAGCAUUAGAAGAAAAUAAGCAAUUCCUUCAAGAAGAAGCAACGCGAUAUAAAUCUAUUAUAGAUAAAGCAAACUCUCAAAUAGAAAAACUUUCCGAAAAAAUUAAGCAAUUAGAAAAGACGGAAGCAACUGCAAAGGAAACCACUUUAUUAUUAAAGAAAGAACGAAUCAGGUGGGAAUCUUCGGAAAAUGCGCUUGUACAACAGCUUAAUGAGGAAAGAAUACGACGAGAAACAGCAGAAGAGGAGGUUAAGAAAUAUAUAACAUUAAGUGAUGAUCUCAAGAAGGAUUAUGAAGAAUUUGCUGAAAGAUGUGCUGAUAUAAUUGGCCAUCAAAAUCCUAAACAAAGGAUUAAGCAUGUUGUUCGGCUAAAAGACAAGAACUGCGAGCUGGAACAGGAAUUACGAACCAAGACCAGAUUAGUGGAACAACAACAAAAAAUCAUAGAAAAGUUAAAAGCAGAGGAGAAGCGAUCUCAUUGGAAAGGCAAGGAAAAUGUAGGAAUGGUACAUUCAACCCCUAUUUCUUCACCUCAUAAAACAUUGACACCAUUAAGAGAUCGUAAUGAUUAAUCUCAAACAAUAAUUUGAUGUUGUUUGUUCUCUUAACACUAAAAAUACCGAGCGGCUAUUUCUAAUCAUUUAUAUUUUCAAUUUCUAUUAUCAAAUUAACAUCUUUUUUACAUAUUAAAAUACAAUUUUCAAAUUUUCUAAUUUCUCAUCAAUUACUCUCUUUAUCCCAAUGGAACAUUAAAAUCAGAAAAUUUUGAAAUUUUAUUUUACAUACCAGAAAAAAAUGGUCAAAAAUGACCGUUUGGUGCUUCUAGUGUUAAUGGCUGCGUUCAGCGAAUACAAUGGUUACACAAUGAUUGAAGUAAUUCGUCAACGUAAAUGGACUAAAUUUAGGGAUGUAAUAAUAAAGACUAAUAAUCAUUGACAUUGUUCAUUAAUAGCUUUGUUACGUUGAAUGCAUCCAAUCUUGAUACAAAUAUUCGAAUCAAUUCGAAUAAUCUCGUAUGUAAGGAACUAAAAAAUAGUUGUUGCGAUAAUUAACAUGAUCUGUAUUGUAUUAAAAAAAGAGAAUAUGAUUUUGAAAUGU